AAAGCUUGCAAACAAGGGAGGAAAUUUUCAGAAAUUAUCAAUGGCUAUCGAAGAAGGCGGAUUCAAGUUCAUCUUGUUACUGCGUUUGACACCGUUUCCUUAUCCUUAUUCGAAUGCUUUUUUCGCGUCAGUUCAAUCUAUUAACUUUCGGGAUUUCUUUCUUGCCACUGCUAUCAGCUUGGUAAAAUUGUUGAUACUUGUUUUCAUUGGUUCGAGAUUUCGGAAUCUCUCUGCGGAAAUGGAUCAGACAUCUCGUAUAAUCAAUUACGUAUCUGUUGCGGUUGGAUUGUCUUUAUUCGCUUUUGCUGCAUGGUACAUUUACCGAAAAAUGUCAAUGGCAGUGGAACAGGCUAAAAGAAGAUUUCUUGAAAAGUAUGGGUCGGAGGAUGGGAAUCAAAUUUUUUCUUCUGAGGAAAAGUUAAACCCUAGUAAUUCUAGUUCUUAG